AUGUUAAAUCCAGGUUGGCACCUGCGACAGGCUCCCUCGAGCCUAAGCAAGCUGCACAUUUGGUGGCUUUUCCAGAUGUCCUGGUUUAAAGGCUGGAAGAUCACCAGGAAGGAAGGAAACAUGGUGGGCAUGACACUGCUAGAAGCACUGGACUCCAUCAUGUCCCCUGCCCGCCCUACGGACAAGCCCCUGAGGCUGCCUCUGCAGGAUGUAUACAAGAAUGGGGGCAUCGGCACCGUGCCUGUGGGCCGGGUGGAAACAGGCUUCCUCAAGCCAGGCAUGGUGGUGACCUUUGCCCCCUGCAACAUCACCACAGAGGUCAAGUCUGUAGAGAUGCACCACGAGGCCCUGGCUGAGGCCCUGCCUGGAGACAAUGUGGGCUUCAAUGUGAAGAAUGUGUCGGUGAAGGCCAUCAGGAGGGGCUACAGGGAGAAGCAAGCUCCCCACUGA